AUGUUUGGGAUUCAGGAAAGCAUCCAGCGGAGUGGGAGCAGCAUGAAGGAAGAGCCCCUCGGCGCGGGGAUGAACGCGGUGCGGACAUGGAUGCAGGGAGCCGGCGUCCUGGACGCCAGCACGGCCGCUCAGAGAGUUGCUCUCUGGAAAGUGGUGGAUCACGAGGUUCAAGGCGAGAAUCAGCUCCAGGCAAUAGUGUACGAAGGCCAAGACAAGAACCCAGAAAUGUGCCGAGUUCUGCUCACGCAUGAAAUAAUGUGCAGCCGCUGUUGUGACAAGAAAAGCUGUGGCAACAGAAAUGAGACUCCAUCAGAUCCAGUGAUAAUUGACAGGUUCUUCUUGAAAUUUUUCCUCAAAUGUAACCAAAAUUGCCUAAAAAAUGCAGGAAACCCUCGAGACAUGCGUCGAUUCCAGGUUGUGGUGUCUACAACAGUCAAUGUUGAUGGCCACGUGUUGGCAGUGUCGGACAAUAUGUUUGUACACAACAAUUCCAAGCACGGGCGGAGAGCUCGAAGACUCGAUCCCUCGGAAGGUACGCCUUCUUAUCUGGAACAUGCUACACCAUGUAUCAAAGCCAUCAGUCCAAGUGAAGGAUGGACUACAGGAGGUGCCACUGUCAUCAUCAUAGGAGACAAUUUCUUUGAUGGGUUACAGGUCAUAUUCGGCACCAUGCUGGUUUGGAGUGAGCUGAUUACUCCUCAUGCCAUCCGUGUACAGACGCCUCCCCGACAUAUCCCUGGGGUUGUAGAAGUUACAUUGUCCUACAAAUCUAAGCAGUUUUGCAAGGGAACGCCUGGAAGAUUCAUUUACACAGCUCUGAACGAACCCACCAUUGACUAUGGUUUCCAAAGGUUACAGAAGGUUAUUCCCCGGCACCCUGGUGACCCCGAACGCUUGCCAAAGGAAGUAAUACUUAAGAGGGCUGCUGAUUUAGUAGAAGCACUCUAUGGUAUGCCACAUAAUAACCAGGAAAUAAUCCUGAAAAGAGCAGCAGACAUCGCCGAAGCGCUUUACAGUGUCCCCCGCAACCACAACCAGCUCCCCGCCCUUGCUAACACAUCAGUUCAUGCAGGAAUGAUGGGAGUGAAUUCCUUUAGUGGUCAACUAGCAGUCAAUGUUUCCGAAGCCUCACAAGCCACCAAUCAGGGUUUUACUCGCAACUCAAGCAGCGUGUCACCUCAUGGCUAUGUGCCAAGCACCACCCCUCAGCAGACAAACUAUAACUCUGUCACAACAAGCAUGAAUGGCUAUGGGAAUGCUGGAAUGUCAAAUUUAGGUGGUUCUCCAACCUUCCUGAAUGGAUCUGCUGCCAAUUCUCCCUAUGCCAUCGUGCCAUCCAGUCCGACAAUGGCCUCCUCCACUAGCCUCCCCUCAAACUGUAGCAGUUCCUCUGGGAUUUUCUCCUUCUCACCAGCCAACAUGGUCUCAGCAGUGAAACAGAAGAGUGCUUUUGCGCCUGUCGUGAGACCGCAAACUUCUCCUCCUCCAACCUGCACCAGCACCAAUGGCAAUAGCCUGCAAGCUAUAUCUGGCAUGAUUGUUCCCCCCAUGUGA